UGGAUGUUGUGGCGCACGUAGGUGUGUGUGCACAUGCGCGGGAGGGGCGAAAAUGGCAUCACCCAGCUGUGUGAUCAGUAGUAUCGGAGUUUUUUUUUCCCUUUGACCAGCAAUCGUGCACUCAUCCUCUGUGUCCGGCUUCUGUCCACCCCCUGCUUCCACAAUGUCCGUGACCAAGCCAUCAGACUGCCAGGCGGCACCUCCCUCCUGAGUUUUAUCUCAGAAGCAGCUGUGUUUCCCAGCCCCUCACUUCUGAGGGACUGCAGCUUUGUUCUGCUCAGACCUUCUGUGGGAGGGUCUCACUGAGCAUGGCUGGUGCCAGCCGCCCCCAGGAACAUUCGCGAGACCGUGCUGCUGCCAACGCCCAGAGACCGCGGCCAGGUGCCAACCCACCCCAGAAAAAGUUCACGUGGGCGUGUAGCAGCAGCAUUUUGGGGAUUCUGGAAAAUCACAACUCACAUCUGGCACCAGGCUUCACCCCCAACGGCCCUGUUCCAGCACCAGCGAAUGUGGUUGUUCUCCAGGAUCCGCUGGGAUGUUUGCCCGUGGGGAGUCCUCCCAGCAGGGGAACCGCCUCCCGUGUGGCCCGAGGACCUCGCUCUCUGCUCCUGGGGAUUCGCCCCUCCCAUCAGAGCUCCACCAGCCGGCUGCAAGCACAGAGUACCGUUGGCAGCUGAGAGAACAGAGGCGCCAAACGAAGAGAGGGGCAGAAGCUGAAUAUUUGCGGCCCCCAGAGUCUCCUUGAGAAAAGAAAAAGCAGGACCCGUGUCACCUUAGCUGAGAGAUGGAGAGGCCCCUGGAGUUGGGCAACGUGACCAGAGUCCAGGAGUUUGUCUUGUUGGGUUUGUCCACAAGGCUGGGCAUAAGGAUUGUCCUGUUUGCCAUCUUCCUGGCCCUCUACCUGCUGACCCUCCUGGAGAACACGCUCAUCAUCUACCUCAUCUGCAGUCACAUCGAGCUCCACAAGCCCAUGUAUUUCUUCCUGGGCAACCUGAGCUGCCUGGAGAUGUGCUACGUGUCCGUGACCGUGCCCAGCCUGCUCGUGGGGCUGGGCUCCAGUCCAUGCCAUGUGCCCUUCGCAGCCUGCAUGACACAGCUUUUUUUAUUCAUAGCUCUCAUUAGUACCAAGUGCACCCUCCUGGCCUCCAUGGCCUAUGACCGCUACGUGGCCAUCUGCCGCCCACUCCACUACCCACUGCUCAUGAGGCCCCAGGUCUGCCUGGGCUUAGCCUUGUCCUCAUGGCUUGGGGGGCUGUUGGUCUCAGUGGCCAAGACAUCAUGCAUCGCCAGCCUGUCCUACUGUGGCCCCAAUGUCCUCAACCACUUUUUCUGUGAUGUCUCCCCUCUGCUCAACCUGUCCUGCACUAACGUGGCCCUGACGGAGCUGGUGGACUUCAUCUCUGCUAUCGUCAUCUUCUGUGGGUCAUUGCUAGUGGCUCUGGCCUCCUAUGUGGCCAUCGGGAGGGCUGUGCUCCACAUGCCAUCAGCCGUCACCCGCUGCAGAGCCCUCUCCACCUGUGCCUCCCACCUGGUGGUGGUGGGCAUCUUCUAUGGGGUGGUCCUCUUCAUGUAUUCCCGCCCCCGCCUCAUCGGUUCCACAGACCUCAACAAGGUGCUGUCUGUCAUCUACACGGUGGUCACGCCCAUGUGCAGCCCCGUCAUCUACUGCCUGCGGAACAGGGAGGUCCAGGCAGUGCUGCAGAAAACCCUCCACUCGCCCCGGGUCUCUUCAGCAACAACACACUUUGCCCACUCCUGAUUUUAACAGAGCACACUGAUGGUCACCAGAAGGGAGGUGGGUGGGGGUGCAUUGAACAGGUGAUGGGGAAGAAGGAGGGCCCUUGUGAUGAGCACCGGGUGAUAUACGAAAGUGUUGGGUCACUAGAUUGUGCACCUGAAACUAAUAUUACACUGUAUGUUAACCAACUGGAAUUUAAAUAAAAACUUUAAAAAGUAAUAAUAAGAUAACACUACUUCCCUGUCCCCAACAACUUUUGCUUCACCAUAUAAUUGGCUUUGGCUAAUGGAAUGUAGACCAAAUUGAGAGUCCUGAGCUGAUGUCUGGGGAAGCACUAACUGUUUCCACUGCCUUCUUGCCAUUUGCCUUGAGAAGAACAUCUCCUGGUUCUGGGAUGAGAGACAAGUAGAACAGACCUAAGCCUGCCCUGCAGCCUGAAGCAGAACACCACCAUAGAUCCAGAAGCCAGAAAAAAAAAACAAGUGUGCUACUGAAGCCACUGAAAAACAUUUUUGGAUUGCUUGUAACAUAGCAGUGUUGUAGCAAUGACUGACUAAUACAGCAUCAUAUUGGUUAGGUAAUGGAUUUCAGCCUAAAACAGUUGCUUAAACAAGAUACAACGAAUUUCUCAUCAGUGUAGCAGCACUUAUUUGGUAUUAAUAAGACAGUCCAAAACGUCAGAGUUCCCCUAUCUUGUUAUAUCAUUCUCAGCAUGGACGCUUCCAGGUCAGGGUGCAAGAUGGCUGCUCCAGCUCCAGUCAUCACGCUUGAAUUCCAACCAGAAGAGAAGGGGAGUGAAGGAAGUACAGGAAAGUGUCUUUCCCCUAGAAAGCAUAACCUAAAACUUUUCUAUGGACAUUUGUCCAGCACAUACUCCUAUGACAUCAUGGAGAGACAAGGGAAGAGCUGAGAAACAUUUUUUGUGUGUGUAUGAUGUAAGAAAGUGGUCCAGGUUCAUUCUUCUGCAUGUCGCUGUCCAG